GUUGAAGUGAAGAACUUGAGUGGCAGUUGCCAAUUGGUCCGCAGAACCCUUACCCAGAUUCUCUUUCAACCCACCAUCAGGCAGUUCCGCCGGUGAUAUCAGCCGGAUAAUUCACGCUGUUGGCAAAGUGGUUGUGUAGAUUGGGUCGGGAGGACUUGUUCCUGGGAGGUGGUUGAGAUGGGUACUGAGAAAGUGCCUGAUUCUGGAUUGGAACAGCUUGGUUCAUCAAAAUUUCAUUAAUUGGGGUGAUUUUUGGAGCUGUAAGCAUACACAAAAUAAAUGGGAGAUACAGAUGAUUAUAUAAAGCCAGUGAGGACUGUUUUUGUGACUGUGGGAACCACUUGUUUUGAUGCUCUUGUUAAAGCAGUAGACACUCAUGAAUUUAAAAGAGAGUUGUUUGCAAGAGGAUAUAACCACCUUCUCAUUCAAAUGGGCCGUGGAUCCUACAUCCCCACAAAGUCUACAGGAGAAGAUGGGUCACUAGUUGUAGACUUUUUCACUUUUUCGUCAAGCAUUGCAGACAAUCUGAGAUCAGCAUCUCUUGUGAUCAGUCAUGCUGGGUCUGGGAGCAUAUUUGAGACAUUGCGUUUGAGAAAACCUUUGAUUGUGGUGGUGAAUGAGGAUUUGAUGGACAAUCAUCAGAGUGAGCUAGCAGAAGAACUAGCAGAGCGGAAGCAUUUAUUCUGUGCUCGCCCUCAAACACUCUACCAAACUAUUGCAACUAUGAACUUGGAAUCUCUCCUUCCAUACCAUCCAGGUGAUGCUGCACCAGUUGCUAAGCUUAUAAACAGGUUUCUAGGUUUCCCAGAUGAUUAAUGGACUGUGAGAUCUGAGAGAGCAUUGAUUUAAAGCAUUUGGACCUCAGAAAUUUAAAAGAUCCACCACAAUUUACAUAGCAUUUUUGUACAAAAGAGUGCUUAUCAUCAUCUGUAUAAACUCCUUAAAAAGCAAGGGGCUGUUCAAAAAAAUGGAAACCCUGGUGACCGGGGAAAUGUAAGCAUCAAAAUUAUUUCAGUACAUUAAAUCCUAAUAUUGGUUCCAUGCUAUCAAUUGAAGUACUGAAUCUCAUUAUUUUUCAAUGUUGUACCUUCAAAGGUCCUGGAGAUUGUAACAGUGCCAGUCAAUCACCAUGGCCUAUCCAGUAUCCACUGUGGCCUUCAUCUGGGAUUAAAAGGAACAGUGCAGAACAAGAAAGUUACUGACUAGAUGUGCUUGGGCAUUGUUGUGGUCCAGGUUAAGCUUCAUUAUUCUCUUGUUCGAGCUGGUUUCCCAGAUGGGCAAAUUGUAAACUUGUGUGACAUUUGGGUUUUGCUCAUCUGUGUUCAUGAAUGAUCCUAAUUACUAGAUUG